AUGCAGAACAAAAACCUCCAACGCGAACUGCAGCGCCAGCAGCCACGUCCGGGCGCCGCCGUACCUCCACCACCUCCAUCAGCACAACACGAGCACCUCCCCACCCCACGAACCUUCCUAACGGACCUCGUCGACUCGCUCGGGCAUGGUGACGGAGCACACGCCGCCACCACCACCACCACCCGCCAAGCCGCAGGGCGAGACGACGCUGACCCCGACCCCGACCCCGAUGCCGCCGCCGCUCAUGCAGCAGCUCAUGCAGCAGCAGCUCCACGCGGCGGGCCGUCCGGGGACGCCAAUCCUCUGCGCGGCCUGCGGGGCAACGCGCGAAACGUGCUCCUCACGCUGCACGUCCUGUUCCCGAACGAGCUGCUGCCGGCGCUGGACCUGCUCGAUCGGGGUCUGGUGACGCGGUUUGUCGUCGUCGGCGGCGGCAUGCUGCAGCCGGCGGAGGCGGGGGCGGGGGCUGGGGCUGGGGCUGUUGGUGUUGGUGGUCCUGGCGGUGGUGGUGAUCCUGGCGGUGGUGGUGCUGGUGGUGGCGGGGAAGGAGACGGAGCAGCGGCGGCGGAAACCAUUGGUUCGACUGCAGGCGAUGGCGAUGGCGAUGGCGAAACAAAAGCCGCCGCCGCCUCCGCCGUCGCCAAUGCUGGGCGAGCGGGGUCAUCGUCCUCGUCCUCUUCUUCUUCUUCUCCUUCUCCGCACGCCGAGCACUCAUGCCAAUCGCCGCCGCUGCCAUCUCUGUACUACGUCCGCUCCGCCCAGCAGCAGCAGCAGCAGCAGCAGCAUCGUCAGUACCACCGCCACCGAUCGCGCUACAGCCGCCGUGAUCCUCCUCCUGCCGCCGCCGCCGCCGCCGGAGGAGACGAGGAUGAUGAGUCGUCGACGACGACUGCUGGUGGUGGUGAUGGUGCCGCAGAGAAGUGGUACGAGGUCCGGCUCGCGGCGUGGAACUGCUCGUGCCCCGCUUUCGCGUUCGCGGCGUUCCCAGCGGGCUUGCAGGUCGAUCGGUCGGGUCCAGGUCCGAGUCCGAGGCUCGGCCAUCCUGCGGCUGGGGUCGGGGGAGGAGGGAGGAGUGAGGGAGACGCAGGGGUUGCUGCUGGGGUUGCUGGGGAUGAUGGAUGCGGGGACGGGGACGGGGGUGGAGGCGUUUGGGAGCGGUUUGGGUUCGGUGGGCUGAGGCGGGGUGGCGAGGGGGCCCAUGUGCCGCCGGUGUGCAAGCAUCUGCUGGCGAGCUUGCUGGUGGAAAGGGCGCCGGGGUUGUUUGCCGGGUUCGUGGAGGAGAGGGUGGUCAGUGUCGAGGAGGCUGCUGCGUGGGCGGCUGGUUGGGGGGGUUAG